AUGGCUUUUGCGCCCUUCCCGGCACGAGCGCCCGCGACGGCGGCGCGCGGGGGCGACGGCGGGAGCCGUCUGCGUGGUUCGACAGCCAGCGCGUCAGAAGGGACGGGGACAUUUGCUCUGAGAAGUGGACGCGAUCGUCAGAUGGCGGUCUUGUUAGAUGCCGGAGGCAACGAGUGGCUCAACAGAACGGCACUUUGGCUUCUUGGUAUUGCCAAGUGCUCUUGCCAGCUGCUUUCUAUCGCAGCCCAAAAUGGUUUGGUUCAAGUUCCACCUUUUGGAGUGGGCCCUUCUCGCAAUUGCUUCUGCUGCUCCAACAAUCGCUCCAAAGUCCAAUUUGAUGUGCUGAAAAGUGAAUAUGUGUUUGCCCCCAAUGAACCAAGGGAAGAAAAUGAUCCUGUAACUGGAGCAGAAGAGAACAUGAUUUCAAAUGAUUUAGUCCACGGAGAGAUUGUUGUUGCUGUUGAAGAAGGUUGUUGUAAAAACCAAGAUUCAAGGCCGAGGAAGCCAAAGGCUGGGACUGAUUGGAAUCUUCUCUGCUAUUGGCCACGGGUUGUUGGUCGGUGCCCCACCAAGCACUUGCAGGGGGAGCAGGCGUUGACUCUUCUUGCCAGGUGUACGAAGGCUGGUGCAUUUUCAGGCCAUACAGGUGUUGCUGCUGUUGCUGUUGUGACUGCACCUGUUUUUGCGAUUGUGACUGCUGCUGCUGUUGCUGUUGUUGCUGUUGCUGUGGCGGAAACAGGUUAUUUUGUCCCCCAGGAAGAGGCUGAUUUGGAUACAAAGUGUGAAGCUAACCUGACUGUGUACAGUUUUGCUAACAAAUCUAUAUGUUCAGCAAAGUUGGAUUCAGGGUAUGAAAGGGAAGAUGAAGUACUGUUAAAAAGUGCCAAAAAAACUCUUAAAUAUGUCAGAAUCAGUCAAUAUUUCUAUGAAAAAGGACGAUAUACAAAGUUAUCUGAAAAGAUAGUGGAUUCUGUCAAGAACAUUCCUGAAGAACCUAUUCUACUGAUGAAAGAAAAGAAAAAAGAGAAACAUGCAGUUAAUCUUGCCGUGGCUCUGAAGUUGUUGAAUCCUAAUAAAACUGUUGGGCUUCUUGACACUGACAUCUUUGGACCAUCUAUUCCUCUCAUGAUGAAUGUUCAAGACAUGUCCAUGGGAUUUCUAGUGGAUGAAAAAUCUCCUGUUGUGUGGCGGGGCCUGAUGGUAAUGAGUGCAAUAGAAAAGCUGCUCCGUCAAGUAGAUUGGGGAUCUCUUGACUACUUGAUUGUGGAUACCCCUCCUGGGACUGGUGACACACAGCUGUCUCUUAUCCAGAACAUUCCUAUUUCAGGUGUUCUGUUAGUGACGACUCCUCAGAAAGCUGCCUUACAGGUCACUCAAAGGGGAGCAGUAUUGUUUCAAAAACUUGAAGUGCCUGUUGUUGGUAUUGUAGAGAAUAUGAGUCAUGUUGUAUGUCCAAAUUGCCAACAUUCCUCAUCAUUAUAUGGCCAUGGUACAAAGGAUUUAGCCUCAAACCUAGGUAUUUCACUUCUUCAAGAAAUACCUCUUGACCCAGCCAUAACGAAAUAUACUGAUAGUGGAAAGCCGGUGGUCAUUGCUGAACCAGACAGUGUACAGGCUAUGGCAUAUAAAACAUUGGGAAGAAGAGUGUGUGAAUUUUUAGCAACCCAAGAAAUGAACAGUAAUUAGAAGAUUAAUUAAUAUUUUUGUUCUCUUGUAAAAUAUAUGUAAAUAAAUAUGUAAAUAAUUGUCUGAUAUUUGUGUUCAAUUUGUAAUGAUAAUCCUCUCAGAAAAAACAAAUUUUUCCUCUUGAAAAAAUUGUUAUUCAAGUAAUGUGGGAAUCCUGGGGAAAUCCAAUGAGAUAUACCGAGUCUUCUUUUGCUUGAGCACCAUUCUUAAAGCAUGCCGUUUGUAAGGCUAUGAGCAACUGAAGUGAGCAUUGCCAGAUUGGAUUAAAAAUUUUUCAAUUACAGUAUAAGCAAAUGUUUGUAGCCACAUUGAGAAUAAUUUAUUAACUUCUAAAUUUCAACUCUUCUUCUGAAUAAAAUAAUAUUUAUGACUAAAUUGCUUAUUAUUUGAAAAUAUACCCAACGUUCACAGGAAAUUCGAAGUAUGUUAAUUUCUAUAUCAUCAGUGAAGAAACAAAACCAUGUAACUGACAUCUUAG